UUUUCCUUAAUUUUUCAGUCCAACUGAAAAUACACUUCCUAUAAGCUUCACAACAUUAAUUUUUAAACUUUACACAAUUUCCCAAACUUUUGUAUUGAUUUAAAGCGAAAGGAAAAACAAUACUUGCAGAAACAAUGAUCAACGAAAUUGAUCUCAUCCCAAAGCUGGAACAAGAGGCUACUGGGGAUGACAACAACUUGGACGAGGUCGUCCCCAAAAAGGGGGCAAGGGUACCCAGAAAACCCCUUCACAAACUUACAACGCAGCAGGCUGUCCUCAAAAAUGAGAACGGAACGUAUUGGUCAUUCUACAAAGUCGAACUCGCGUACAAAACCACCACCGAUAAUCCGAUCCCGAUUCAUUAUUAUAAAGGAAGCAAUAUGUUUUUGGAAAUUGAGGCUGUCAAGAAAACAGCGCGUCUGGCGUCGUAUAGCCCCCACGGAAUUGUGCACUAUCAGGACGUAAUCGUGGACUGGGAUGAGUCCAAAAGAGCAGAAUAUGAGUUUAUUUGUACUGACAGGCCAUCAAUUAUCCUUAAAGUUAAACAAUUGUACUUCUUUUUCAUGCUCAAAAGCUCAAAAGAUUUUGACAGUGUGGCCAAAGUAAGCUUUUUCUUUUGAGAACAUUUGAGUAUCCAGCUUUUUGAAAUUCCAAUAGUAGGACUCAUCACUAAAUUCGUC